AUGAACGAAGUCAACAAUUACGUUGCUUAUGUGGAUUGCACGUUUUUCGCAUUAGCCCGAAUUGAUGAGAUAAAAGUAAAAGUUUACAAUGUGAAGGAUAACCGUACUAGAUUGUUAUGGAGCUACAAACUGAAUAAUCCGUGUCAACAUUACGCUGUAGCCGAUCUUAUUAAAAAAAAAUUAAACGCUGAUAAUUGUGUUGUAAAACAGGUCCCUUUUGAUUUAAAGUUGACUAGUUACGAAGUCUGUAGUGGUCCAAAAGUCACGAACCUUACGUCUUACUCUACAAAUAUUGUAAAAGAAGGUGACAAUUAUGUUUGUUGGUUGAAUUGCACGGUUUUUGCACAAACACGAAUUGAUGAAAUGGCUUCACGAUCUAGGAUGUUAGUUCAAUUAGCUACAGGUGUUAAAAAUAAUUUAAGUGUUUGUAUUUUAACACAAGACGAGAUUGAAAAUGCCAAAAGUUCGACCAAUACAUUGCAGACAUCAAAAGAAGACAAAGACAUCGCAUUAAAUUCCAUCCGACCUCCUAGUAAUUCGACUAGUAGCAGCGGUUCCUCUAGUUAUAGCAGUUCUUCGAGUUCUAGCAGUUCUUCAAGCAGUGGCCCAUCUAUGUAUCAAUACAGCGACGACUCGGUAAAGGAUCCUGAUUAUGAAGCCCAACCAACAAAACAUGCUGAGUAUUCUUCUGAUACUGCCGAGGAACAAAAUAUCACUACCAACGAUACAAAUAUUUCGGAUGAUCAUAAUUUGGUAACAUCUAAUAUGGUUUCAAUAAACAUUGAAAACUACGAGGAACCACUUUCGUCUACAAACGAACAUGCUAUGGUAUUCAACGAUCCCGGUGUCAUAGAGAACAGUGAACUUUCUGCGAUUGAAAACGUAAGCAACGAAAAUGCUGCAGGUACAAUAGUAUAUAAUUCUAGUCCAACUAAAACUGGUAAAAAAAGAAGACUAAAUGAAGCAAACUGGAAAGUUAAUGUAGCUAAACGACUGAGAAAUAGUGAGGAGCAAAGACAGACAAUUUUAAAUGACUAUUGGAGCUUAGGUGCAAUAGAAAAACAAUGGACGUUUAUUGCUAAUAACGUAGACAUAAUCAUCCCAAAACAACGUUACGUUAAAGUUGAUUCUGAUGGAAAUGUUGCAACUAUUAGAAACAACAACAACGCUUUCUUUUUGACUAUUUCGGGUGAAAAAACAAGAGUUUGUAAAUUGUUUUUCAAAAAUACUUUGGGGAUUAAUAAUCGACCCAUAGAGACUGCUUUGAAAAAGAAAAAUAGCAACACUAAUAUUUCUUCCAUGAAAGAUAACCGAGGUACUCAUUCAAACCAUUAUGCAGUGGACGAAAGCAUUAAAAAUGGCAUCAAAUUGUUUAUUGAGUCUGUACCAAAGAUUGAGUCACAUUAUAUCCGGGCUAACUCAAAACGAAAUUAUAUUGAUGGUAGUAAAGCUGUCACAGAUCUUCAUAGAGAUUAUGUGGAAAAAUGCAAAUCCCAAAACGUCCCAUAUGGAACCUACAUUACAUUUUAUCGUAUUUUCACACAAGAUUUUAACAUGUCGUUUUUCACUCCUAAAAAGGAUUUAUGCGAUAUAUGCGAAGCCUAUAAAAACAUCACAGAUGAAGAGAAAGAAUUUAAGAAACAAGAUUAUGAAUUACACCGGAAAAGAAUUUGUCUCGUAUUGAAAAAGAAAAAGAUAAGAACAACAAAAAUAUUUUAUUAG